CACCUCUGCAUGCCACUUACUUUUAUACACUACUCUUUUCCUGAGCAGCUCCAUGAACGUAGAAACAACCCAGCCGUUGCUUGCCCCUGCAAUUGCCGCACCCGCGAGCUAUGACUCGAUACCAACCAAUGUUAAUAUGUCGAAGCACUCAAUCCUUUUCAGUUUUGCCGCGAUACUACUGCUCAUGUCACCUACAUAUCUGACUGCUCUCCGACAAUACCGUUUCGCCACGAAUAUACACGCUCACAAGGUCGCCGCGUAUACACUUGAUUAUAUCCGCACCAGGCGGCCGAGGAUGGAGAAUGGGGAGCACGUUGACGGCACGCCUCUGCUGUAUAGUCUGUUUAUCAAGCAGUCGGGGUGGACAGGACAUUUGAUGCUGGCGAGCAUAGUCGCAAUGUGCUCAACUGCCUACCAGCAAAUUCGCAGCAGGCUCUUCGAGCUUUUCUACUACACGCACCAGCUCUUUUUAUUAUGCGUGGCUUUAUUAUUUAUUCACGACGAAAACGUUUUGGUUCGCUGGUACAUAAGUGUUCCGUUAGUGGUGUACUUUACGGACCGCAUCUACCGAUGCAUCCGUGUACGUCUCAACAGAGCACAGCUGCAGGAAAUCACUCAGCUUCCAGCUGGCGUCAUGAAACUUCGGCUGACCAAGGGCAGGGUCAAAUCGCAGCCUGGCCAAUAUCUCAGGGUAUGCUGUCCAGCAGCCUCAAUGCUGCAGUGGCACCCAGUGACGAUCACAAGUUCUCCCGAAGACAACCACCUUACUCUACAUCUACGCGUAGAAGGAAGUUGGACCCGCAACCUCUCUCAUCUUUUCGGAUGUGACUUUGGAAAGGAUCCACGGUUAUCUACGGCUGCACAAACAUUAAGACACCUAAACAACAUACUGCUAGAGGAUUUUGCCGUCAGCAGCUCAUUGCCGCUUGUUCUUGUUGACGGUCCAUACUACUCUCCAUUCCAGCAGGCGCUGAAAUACGAGGCUACUGUCAUGAUUGCUGCUGGAAUAGGCAUCACACCUGCAGUGUCUGUAUUGCGUACUAUGUGUUGGCGAUACAAACAAGACAACCAAAUCUUUCUUACCCAAGGUCCACUAUAUACUGGGUUUUUCGCGAUAGCAAGUGCUCUCCAGUGGUUCCCCAGCCUAUUUAAGACACUAGGGCAAGAUCUUUGGCAUGUAGUUGAUAUUCAUCUGUACUAUACUGGUGGCGACCCUAUCUGCCAUGUUCCGAGCGCUUCAUCAUUUAACCUUGGCCGGCCGUCAUUCAGAUGUGUGUUUGAACAGAUCGCAUCAACAUACCACAACUGUAGUAUUGGUGUAUUUUUUUGCGGCCCAGCCUCUAUAGCAAACAUAGCAGAGAGUGAGGCUGAGAAAUGGGAAAGCAUAGAGUUUUACAGCGAAUCUUUUAGUUAAAUGCAC